AUGAUCAUAAGGCCAAAGCUCAGUCACUUUCUCGUCUCCAUAUAUCUCUGCGCGACCCUCACAUCAGCUUGGCCAUGGCCACCCUCGUUAUCCUUCCCAGACCUUGAUAGCAUACUCGUUCGGCGGCAAGACGAUGGAAGCAAAGAUUCUUCCUCCUCCGCCUCCGGGGCCAAGCCCACCGACUCACCGUCCAAAAGUGCAGCAGCAUCGACAGGCAAAUCCCAGUCAUCCAGUGCUAAGGGCUCUGCUACCAGCAAAGGUAGUGCAGCCGCUACAACCACCGGUUCCCAACAAUCAGACGAUACCGUAGAUCCUCGCCUUCCACCAGGAGGCGUGAAUAUGGUCACUCCCUCGGCUCUAGCAACGAGCACCUACUACAAGAUUGGGGUGGAUAGUGUAUCUAUGGUGUGGAACUACACCUCACUCUCGGUCACCCCCUCAAAGAUCGACGUCCUAGUCUCCUGCUCCGCCAAUCAAGCAACCUACACGCUUGCAUCAAAUCAAUCGUUUGAAAAGACUGGCAGUGUUGUGUGGGACACACAGCCGGAAGUGACAGGAACAGCACCACUGCUGACGGAGACUUACACUCUCAUCAUUCAUGAUGCGGCGAAAGCCUUGACAGAUAGGCCGGAGGCAGGUCACUUGGGCGCGUAUAACCAGUAUACUUUUGGAAUGUAUGUUCCACAGAAGUAUACGCCAAGAACUGGUAAGUCUCAUGAUAUUGAUAUACUGACUUUUUUCGCGCGGCUGACUGGGGCGGAUAGAAUGGAAGUGUGCUACCUGCAAUGA